AUGGAAGAUCCAAGCUGGAAACGCAACUGCGAUUUAUUGACAGACGCUCUGCGUUCAUUGGAGCGCGGCACUUCACAUAUACGCCGUAGCACCAACAAACUCACUACACUUCGCGAUAUUGAAAAGGAACGAGAAAAGGUCAAACAGGUGACAAGCAAAACAAACGCCAAAGAGGUUCACGUUAUUCAAGAUGCUUUGGGACUCAUGGAAAAGUAUAUGCGACUAAACCCCACUCAACUGCGUGGACAGGGAAUUAAACUUACAACAGAGGCGAAAGUAGCUCUAGAGAACUAUCAAAAGUCAUGUGAUGCCUUCUACAAAAAGUGCAUUAAUGUUGAGGAGUCAUUGCGAUCAGGUGGAGGAACAACACGCGUAAAGGUGCGAGGCAGAGCUGCAUCAACAAGUGAUGUGGAUGACGUAGAUGAAAACACUGAUCUUCUUCAGAGGGAAGCAAAUGGUAAAACUACUCUAAAGGAAGAGUUCGAACGUGAUCUCCACGAUGAAAUCAUGGCAGAGCGACAACGUGAGACAUCAGAAAUAGCUGACAAUGUUAAAGAUAUCAACGAAAUAUUUAAUCAUAUUCACCUAAUGGUAAAUGAGCAGGGAGAAACGCUUGAUGUCAUUGAAGGAAAUGUAGGAACAGCUGAGAGGGCGACAAGAAAUGCAACCAAUAAUUUGCGACAGGCUUUACAAUACCGAGAAACUCCAGCUCGAGAUAAAAUGAUGCUCCUUUUUGUCCUUGUUUUAGCAUUUAUAGUGUUUGUUGUAGUUCUCCUCCAUUGA